UUCCGGAUUCGCAUGUGCGCAUUUUUUGGAAAGAAAAUGUUUUUCGUUAUUAGGAGGAGUAUUUCGACUACCGCGGCACUGGCGGGCAAAAAAAACUUCCGAAAGUUUCUGCUGCACAACAAGCGUGGCACGAGAGUCUUCAAACAGCAACGUGCCGCAAAUCCUGCCCUGUACCCCGAUAUGCCGAUCGACAAACGGGGUGUGCGCGACACGGGAGUGACCGUGGCCAACCAAUUCACCGAGAUACGGGAAAUGAUUCCCGAGCUAAUUGUGCCCAAUUUGGAUGGCUGCAAAUUCAAGCCGUACGUUUCGUACAAGGCCCCUGAUGUGGUGCAAUCGGAAUUCACCAGCCAGGAUCUGUUCAACGCUGUGUACGCACAGAAGAUAAUGGAUGACUGGAAAAGUGGGAAGCUGAACGAGGACGGCAGCCCGGUCGAACCAUCGGCGGACGAAGCCCUUUCAAAGGACGAGGCCUGGGCGAAGGCCCGGAAAACUGGCUCGGAUAUAUUUUGAAACAACCAGCGUCCUUGUCGUUAGUCAAUAAAUUACGUUUAUUAAGCUGUA